AUGCCACUGCUGCCUCGCGACGCGGACCGCUUCGAUGGACUGUCCCUGCUCUACUGGAUGAUGAUGGGGCCUCACGGCGUCUCUCGGACCGUCCACAGACUCCAGUUCAGCGACUGCAGGAAAGGACUCGGAGUGAAGAUCAUCGGAGGAUUCAGGGAGCAGACGGGAGAAGACUUCGGAAUCUACGUCAAGAGAGUCGUGUCCGGAGGACUGGCCUUUGUGGACGGUCGGUUGAGGUCUGGAGAUUUGAUUCUGGACGUGAACAACAUCAGUUUGAUCGGAGCCACAAACGAGAGAGCGGUGGAGAUCCUGAGGAAUGCGUCUUUGUCCAAUCACAUGACUCUGCUGAUCUCCAGAGACGACCAGGCCAGGAGGGAGUUUGUGGAGCUGAUGGACAAAUACAGCUGCAGUCACAUGACCCCGAACCCCGCAGGACGCUCCUCCCCUCCGCAGAUCUGCUCCGUUUCCAAAGUGACGAACAGCUCCUCGUCUUCAUCCAGAUCAGAGUCUCCACAACUGCUCAGCCCCAACACCUCAGUGUUCAGGUAAGACCUGCUCCGGACGGUCCCGGUCCGGUCCCGGUCCGUUCUGGUUCUGUGCAGUGACAGUGUGAUCCAGCUCGUCUGUGUGUCCAAAUCCUUCGGUCUGGGUUUGGUCAUCGGGGGCGGAGCCAACAGACUCGACGGACCAAUGGUGUUCAUCCAGGAAGUGUUGCCGGGCGGAGACUGUCACAAGGACGGUCGGCUGCAGGUGGGAGAUCAGCUGGUGUCCGUCAACAAAGAGUCUCUGAUCGGAGUCACGUUUGAAGAAGCCAAGAACAUCCUGUCCAGAACCAAGAGCAGACCAGACCCGACAGUAGAAAUCGCGUUCAUCCGUCGUCGCUGCUCUUCGGGCUCCAGCAGCGGCCCCCACAGCCCCGUGUCCUCUGCCUGCGCCGGGGCUCCGGGGCUGGGCGCGGGGUCUGGAGGUCCUGGAGGGUCUGGAGGUCCUGGAGGGUCUGGAGGUCCUGGAGGGUCUGGAGGUUCUGGACGUACAGGGGGUUCUCCGGGAGCUCUACCCCAGAACAGGGCCCUCUCCCUGGGACAGACUCAGGCUCAGACUCCCUGUCCUCAGACUCCGGUCCUCAACAAGAUCAACAGGAACCUGAACUCUGACACACUUCCAGAGGUCAACAUCACCGAGGUGAAAGUUUCCUGCACAGAAACAGAGACGACGACAAACACAAGUGAGUCUCAUUGCCCCACAGUUCAGUCUCUGUGUGUUGGAGUUUCACCCCGGCCGUCGGGACACCCGUCCCCGACCGCCGCCCAGUCCCUUAUGCACCCGACCCCUAUGAACCCCUCUGCGGGCGUCUGCCCCGUCACCGAGGACCUGUUUGCCAUGGGAGACCCUCCCAGGGGCAUGAAGCCCCGGGCAACACAGCUCCUAGGAUCAUUCGGGUACAAACUCCCCCACCACAACCUGGAGCAGGUUGUGGAGGACCAGAGUGACCAGAGUGACCAGAGUGAGAGCAGAGACCUGCAGUCAGAUGCUCAGCGCCCCCUGCUGGACUCAGACACAGAGCAGAUGGAGAGACUGAGGAAGGAGCACAUGGAGGCUCUGAGGGACAUCAAGAGACUCCAGGAGCAGUUGUGUGAGUCGGAGAGAGAACAGCGCCACCUGGAGGACGAGCUCCACAAACUGAGACAGGACGUCCAGCAGGAGGCGCUGCAGACUCAGACUCUCAGGACCAGAGCCGAGGAGGCAGAAGAAGCUCAGAGACAAACUCGAGGAAUGCAGAGGGACUACGAGGAGGUGAUCCACCUCCUGGAGACCGAGAUCGCAGAACUCAAGACCCACAAGGACCAGGACUCUUCGGUGGAGGACUUGAGGAGGACAGUGGCGGUUCUCGAGUGUCAGCUCAGAAAAAGUGACUCAGCCAAAAAGAGUUUAGAGUCGUGCACCGGAAAACUGCUCAGCUUCAUCGACAGUGUUCAGGAGUUUCUGUUGGAAAACCACAGUCCAGCGAAGAGCAGCAGUCCUGUGGAGCUGAGGCCGGGUGCGUCUCUCGUCGUUGCUCCGCGGGUGAAGAGGUCUUCCUGGACGGCGGCGUCGUUGGCGUUGGAGGCGAAGGAUCUGAGCCGGAGCGUGCGCUCCGUCAUCGAGGCCGACUCUCUGACCUUCUGAGACGCCGCUCCAACAUCUUCAGACUGUCUGCACCUGCCUGCACCUGCCUGCACCUGCCUGCACCUGUCUGCACCUGUCUGCACCUGUCUGCACCUGUCUGCACCUGUCUGCACCUCAUCUCCAGCAUGAACCAGCUUUAGUCAAACACAUUUAUGACAAACAUAUCACAGAAGAAAAUGUCAGAUUAAAACAGAGCUCGAUCCAGAGCUAGCAUGCUGAUGUGCACUUCCUGAUUCAGUUCACAGACCCACAAACAGGAGCCUGGAGUCACAAAACGUUUCACUCACAAACCAAACUGCAGAUUUAACACAAGUUCUUCUCUCAAACUGAAAACACUCUGACACACCUGGUGAUGUCAUGAGGUGAUACAGAACCACGACUGAACCACGACUGAACCACGACUGAACCACGACUGAACCAGGACUAAAACCAGGACUAAAACCAGGACUAAAACCAGGACUGGUCCAGGUCUGAAUUGGGACUAAAACCAGGUCAGAACCAGGACUAAAACCAGGACUAAAAGCAGACCUGAAUUAGGACUAAAGCAAAGUCUGAGAUGGGACUGAACCAGGACUAAACCAGGAUUAAAUUAGGACCGGACCAGGACUAAAACCAGGUCUGAACCAGGACUAAACCAGGUCUGAACCAGGACUAAAACCAGGUCUGAACUGGAACUAAAACCAGGUCUGAACCAGGUCUGAACUGGGACUGAAACUAGGUCUGAACCGGGAUUAAACCAGACCUGUUUUAGGACUAAAACCAGGUCUGAACCAGGACUAAAACCAGGACUAAAACCAGAUCUGAAGGUCUAGAAUCAUUUGGAUCAUUUCAGUGCUGGAAUCUCGACUGAACUAAAGAUAAAAGGACGUCACGAAUACAACGACCAAACCUAACUACCACUCUAUGACAUCACGAGGUGGAACAGAGUGUUUGGAGCUUUGCAGAUGUAGACACAGACUCAUAAUAAAGAUUUACUCAAACACGAAUGAAACAAAACACGACUCCAGCUCUGUUUUUGACGAGAGAACAACUUUACGACUGAAAUCUGGCAGGAGUCAGUUUGACUUUAUAAACAGUAGAAUCUUUAAAUGUUUGUGUCAGAGCUCACGUCUCUGCAGUAGACUUAGUUUCACUUUCACUUUUAACCCGUUCAAAGUCCUCAGUCCUCGCAGCGGUUUCCCGUAACGUCACGUAUUUACAGAAUGGACAGAUACGUUUCACAACCUUGUAUAUUUAUUGUGUGAAAGAAAACUGGUGAGAAACUAUUUUUGUGAGUGAACUGUACUGAGAUAU